GGCACCUUCUCACACAGUUCUGGUCUCGCCUUGCCGUACCGCACUGGUCUCAUCAGCCGUCUGGUCUCGUCUUCCCUGGAGUGAGAAGAGUUUAGCGCUUCCAACAUGAACGCCAAAUUAGUUCUGCUCCUGGUCGCCACAGUCGCCACCUUCCACUUCUCCUACUGCGAGGAGAAAGAACGGAUUCUGAACCGGGUCCGUCGGGCGCCGAAGAAGCAGGUUGCGGUACAACAGAUUAUGCUUCGCUGCUCGUGGCCGGCCCAGCUCGCCUGUAGUGACCAAUCCAACUGUAUUCUUCAGAGCCAGCGUUGUGAUGGCCAGUACAAUUGUAGGGAUGGGUCAGACGAGGCUAACUGUGCACCAGCCCAACAGGUGUACGCCGUGAAGCAGCAGCAGGCUCCCCAGGUGGUGAUGGCCCCGGCCCCGGGCGCACAGCCCGUCAAGGCCGAGCAGCAGCUCCAGCCACAGACGGUGAUGAUGGUCGCCCCCCAGCCCGGCAAUGGUGAAGAGUCCUCUGCUGCGGCGGAAGAUCACAUCGAACCUUACUUUGCCCAUCAUGACCAACCCGCCAUGGUCAUGAUCCCCGCAGAGUCGGCCUUGACCGGCUUCGGCCAGGAGAUCGGCAUGGCCAUCCAGGGGCACAACGACGCCUCCUUCGCCAACGUGAACGCCGAGCAGUGCGCCCAGUUCUGCCUGGAGUCCACCACCUUCUUCUGCCGAUCGUUCGACCACAGCAUGGACGGGCAGUGCCACCUGUCCUCCCGCAACAAGAACAUGGUGAAGGGCGAGUUCCAGCCUUUUGCAGGGUGGAGCUACUUCGAGAGGGGUCUGUCAGGCGUGUCUGAUGCCCCGGCCGACCUCCCUCCAGCAGAGGGGGCACCUGAUGAGGGUGGCCUGGAGCCGGCACCAGUGAUGGCCCAGCACCAGCAGCCUCAGUACGUGAUGAUGGGUGCGAGUCAACAACAACAACAGAAGGGCAAAGGGCAGACUCAACCCUAUUCGUUCGCGAGUCAACAACAACAAAAGGGCAAUGGCCAGGCUCAACAAUAUCCGUUCGCGAGUCAACAACAACAAAAGGGCAAUGGCCAGGCUCAACAAUAUCCGUUCGCGAGUCAACAACAACAAAAGGGCAAUGGCCAGACUCAACAAUAUCCGUUCGCGAGUCAACAACAACAAAAGGGCAAUGGCCGGACUCAACAAUAUUCGUUCACGAGUCAACAACAACAAAAGGGCAAUGGCCAGACUCAACAAUAUUCGUUCGCGAGUCAACAACAACAAAAGGGCAAGGGUCAGACUCAGCGCGGGCAGACUGUGUACAUGCCCCGCCCGCCAGCAAAUCAACAACAACAAAAGGGCAAGGGUCAGACUCAGCGCGGGCAGACUGUGUACAUGCCCCGCCCGCCAGCAAAUCAACAACAACAAAAGGGCAAAGGUCAGACUCAGCGCGGGCAGUACUCAUUCCCUGUAGCGAAUCAACAACAACAAAAGGGCAAAGGUCAGACUCAGCGCGGGCAGUACUCAUUCGCUGCAGCGAAUCAACAACAACAAAAGGGCAAAGGUCAGACUCAGCGCGGGCAGUACUCAUUCGCUUCAGCGAAUCAACAACGACAAAAGGGCAAAGGUCAGACUCAGCGCGGGCAGUACACAUUCCCUGUAGCGAAUCAACAACAACAAAAGGGCAACGGUCAACCUCAGAACGGGCAGACUGUGUACCUGCCCCGCCCGCCAGCGAAUCAACAACAGCAAAAGGGCAAGGGACAGACUCAGCGCGGACAGACUGUGUACAUGCCCCGCCCGCCAGCGAAUCAACAACAGCAAAAGGGCAACGGUCAACCUCAGAACGGGCAGACUGUGUACAUGCCCCGCCCGUCAGCCCCAAUGAAGGCCCAGCCCGUAGUGAUGCCUGCCCCACAGAACGUCGUGGUGCUGCCGCAGGUGGUCAACCUGAUCUGCCCACAGGGUUUCAUCCGCCAUGACAGGAUCUGCUACAGCUUCUCCGGCUCGCCAGUCAACUACACCACAGCCGAGGGAGAGUGCAGUGAACUGGGAGCAAGCCUGGCUACCAUCAACAACGAAAACCAGCACAUGUUCUUGUCUGAGUACCUGAACGUGGUGAACCCCGGUGAGAACCACUGGAUCGGGCUGGAGGACAGAGCUACCGAGAACCAGUUCAUGUACGCUGACUCCACCCCACUGGGCAAGUUCAUGAAGUGGGCGGAGGGCGAGCCCAACGACCAGGGCAAGGAUGAGGACUGUGUGGAGAUGUUCCCGAACGGCGGGGGGUACUUCCGCUGGAACGACGAGUCCUGCUGCCGGGACCGCCAUUACAUCUGCCAGGCUCCACCGGAGAGACGCAUCACCUGCUUCUGCCACAACCACUCUACAGUGUGCGCUGAUGAUGGAGUUUGCGCAGACUGCCAGCACAACACCGAGGGCGACCAGUGCGAGAAGUGCAAGGACGGCUACGAGGGCUUCGCCACCCAGGGUACAGCCGACUCCUGCCGGCCCGCCCAGCAGCUCGUAGCCGUGCAGGUCGUGCAGCCAAAGAAACCCGUCAUGACCUUCCGCAUGCCCAAGUAAUCACCUCAGCAGUACAGGAUGCCACCUGCAGGUCGUCUCAAAACGAGGCUGUGGCCUUUGACCUUUGUAAACAAGAUGGCGGAUGAAGAGGGCUAGCAUUUGUAGACCUCUAAAGAAUAGAUACCACCUGAAUGUAGCUUUAAUAUGCUUUGGCAGGAAGGAAAAGGUUUUUACGAUGUGAAUGUUGAUGAAGGUGCAAACAAAGCUCAAGAACACAGCAUCUAGAAACGUCCUCCACGUAGUCUAUCUUGCUGCCUACAAAACCAAGAUAUGAUAGAUCGAAAAGGAUACCCAUUGUUUGUUCAAAAGAAAACUUUGUAUCACAACAUGGUGCUGACACAUGUUUUACCAUCAAUAUGAUGAUUUCAGAAUAAUUGUUUGAAGUUGGUGCUGUACUUUAUAAAACAAUAUGAUGAUCAGGAUUGUAACCCCUCCAGUUAUUACUCACGGUGCCAAUAGGGAAAUCGUUUUGAUGUGGUUUGAACUUUAUGUAAUGAUUAGGUAAGAUAAAUCAAAUCUGAUCUCAAAAUGGUGCUCCAAAAUGACACAACUCAGGCGAAACAGUUUACAGGUAAUAUGAGAAUUACAUAUCACACAACAUGAAGUUGUACUACUACAGUCGAUGUUAACGAUGUUAUUUCUCGUGUAUUCGGAAUUAGAUAUUAUAGCUGUAAUUGUUCUAAAUUGAGUGCGUUUACCUGCGUUGAAGUGGUGAGAUUCGCUUUGCUAAAAACUUGUGUCUUCUUGGUGGUUUGAAAUACACUAGAGUUUUCUCUGUUGUUAAAUAUUAGCGCUUAGAAUGAAAUUCGGUGACUCAAGGAAUUGCCAUGUUGACAGUGUUACUAUCAUUGAUAUAUGCACGUAGGAAAAAGCCAAAGGUUACAUUCCUCAAAAGUGUACCUCUUUAAUUCACUUUCUCUAAUAAAUGCUUCACGCUUUCGUAAA